UGUCGAUACUACUGCGAUUAGUGAAAAUGAAAAUAUUCCCUUUCAACCACAUAUGCACGGAAAAGUUACUUGUUUGGAUUCUAAAGAAGAUGAAAUAUUAGCUUUACCACUUGACGAUAUAUCUCAACCUUCAGAUUUAAAUAUUUCAACCUCUCCUUUAAAAGAAAAUUUAAAUACAGAUGCAGAUAUACUCGGAAGAAGAAUUGUGAAUAUUUCGCAUUUAUUUAAUGCAAUUAAAUUGAUUGAUAGUCAUAAACCUUUUGACUGCAGUUUUAAAGAUAUGCGAAUUAUUAAAGAAAUUAAAUAUGGUUUUAAAUCCACUUUUGUUUUUAAAUGUGAUAUGUGUAACACUAUUAGCAAAAUAUCAACGGAAGAUGAAAAUAUGAUGUCAAUAAACACAGCAGCCGUAGCUGGAUUUAUAAACAUUGGCUGCGGUUUUAGUCACUUGCAAGAAAUAACAUGUGCGUUAGAAGUACCGACUGUAAACUAUGGAACAUAUAAUAAAGAACACAGAACUGUAUGUCAAGGUUAUGAACUAGCAGCAAUAAAAGCUAUGGACGAUGCUGCUAAGAUUGAGGCUGAAUUGGCAAUACAAGCUGGAGACAUCGAUACAGAUGGAACCCCAUUAGUAGCAGUUGUAGCAGAUGGAAGUUGGUGUAAGAGGUCUUACAAAACAAUGUAUAAUUCUCCAUCAGGAAUGGCUGCACUGGUUGGUUAUCGUACAAAAAAAGUACUAUAUUUUGGAGUUAAAAAUAAGUUUUGUUCGGUGUGUGCGAGAGUUAAACCUAAUGAAACACCUAAAAAACACGAUUGUUUUAAAAAUUGGAAGUCAUCAGAUGGGUCAGCUGGUAUGGAAGCGUCAAUAGUGGUGGAAGAGUUUAAACAAAGUGAAUCGACAUAUGGCAUUAGAUACCAUAAACUAAUAGCUGAUGGCGAUAGUAGUGUGUAUAAGCAAAUAUUAGAUGCGCGACCUUAUAAACACUUGACGGUUGAAAAAGUAGAGUGCAGAAACCAUUUGCUUAGAAAUUUAUGUAGAAAACUAAGAGAUUUGACUACUCAGAAGCAUUCUGGAAAAUUAGAACACAGACAAUUACUAGGGAAAAAAUAUUCUAAGAAUUAGAAAAGGUAUUUUUAAGGCAGUUCA